AUGAGAUUUUUAUUCCAGAAAUAUCAUCAAUUGCUACUUAAAAGACCUUUAUUAGUUAAUGUUUGUAGUACAGGUAUAUUAUUAGGAAGUGGAGAUGUAUUAGCACAAUGGUUAUUUCCAAUGCACCCAAAUCAACCAUUUGAUUACUUGAGAACUUUAAGAGCAGUGAUAUAUGGUAGUAUAAUAUUUGCACCUAUAGGACAUGAAUGGUAUAAAAUAUUAAAUACUAAAAUAAAAUGGCAUGGUAAAAAUGAAAGAACAAUAUCUACAUUAUUAAGAGUUGGAGUUGAUCAAUUAUUUUUUUCACCAAUUAUAGGUAUACCAUUAUAUUAUACAGCAAUGACAAUAUUAGAGAAUAAAAGACCAUUUAUUGAAAAUAUUCAAGAAAAAUUUCAUACAAGUUAUUGGGUAACUUUGAAAGGAAAUUGGUUAGUGUGGCCAUUCUUUCAAUUCUUAAACUUUUAUUUGUUACCUGUUCAUUAUAGAUUAUUAGCUGUAAAUGUUGUUAGUAUUGCAUGGAAUACUUAUUUAUCUUAUAUUAACAACAAUUACUCAAUAGAAGUAGAAAAUCAAGAAUUAAAAUUAGAUAACCUAAAAAUUUGA